GUCGCGUGAAGCGCUGACACGCGUCGUGGUUUAGCUGAUUUAGAAAAGAAAGAUUGCGUAUUUCUUGCAUAUUUUUAGUUUUGAAAAUCAUGGCUGAGGAGGGCGCAGCGGCAGCCGCUGGACCGGGAGCUGGUGAGAAGGUGAUACAUACGUAUCCUCUGAUUAGGCACUCCGACAUGAACGAAGAGAUGCGUACGGAAGCCAUGGAGCUGUCAGUGACAGCGUGCGAAAAAUACGCGCAGAACAACGAGCUGGCCGCUCGCAUGGUCAAGGAGUCUAUGGACAAGAAGUUCGGACCGGCCUUCCACGUGGUGGUGGGGGAAUCCUACGGCUUUGAGAUUACAUACGAGUGCACCACAAUCUGCUACAUGUACUUCGGCGGGAAUCAGGCGAUUUGCAUCUGGAAGUGCUCGUGAGCACUUGGACUUGCAAAUAGCCAGAUCUGGUGAAGAUUGUGUUUCAGAUGUGAGGACUGGAGUUUUUCUUUUUAAGUAACGUUGUAAACGGAAGUAUUGUCAUUGAUUUUUAAACAUUUUUCUAAUGACGCGUAAUAAUAUUCUGCUCAUUGGAACCAAUUUACAUAAAAACCAUAAUUAUUAUAAACACGAGAAACUAUUUACUGACUUAAUAAGUUUGUUUUGCCGGUGACUGUACCUGUACAUUUAUCUAUGUUCAACCAUAAAACACUACGCAGAUGAUCGUCAUUUUUGUGCGAUGACCCCAAUUAAUCUGUCAUCUAUUUGCGCAAGUACCUAUUCCUACCUAGUUGCACCUUCCACUGCUGUUUCGGGAUCAGAGGUCCAUUUUCUGAUAUUAUGGAAAAUGCAGCGUGUUCAAGACAAUUGGCAUUCCUAUCAUUUUCAUAAUCAUCGUUAUUUAUGCACUUGGCUAAUAAACUUGAGAUUCUUCUUUUAGGCGAUGGACUAUUACCUGUCAAUUUUAACUUGAAUCUCAAUUUCGUAAUUAGGCUAUGCAGCUGAACGUGGUCUUUCAGUCUUUUCAAGACUGUUGACUCUGCCCAAUCAGCAAGGGGUAUAGACGCGAUGGGUUACGCAGUGGGCAGUUGAUGGCCAUUUGCUUGUAAGACAAAGUAAUUAUAUGUGUUGCGUUGAUAUUGCCUAAUUAGCUACUCUGCCGUCCAAAAGAACCAGUUUAUAUUUGGAUUGUUCUGUGUACGUGAAGUUAUGUCGCCGAAACAAUAAUGCCAGUCAUUUUCUUAUGCAAAACAGUUCUUAAACCAAGAAAAGUUGUGGAACAAUGUGGCCGCAUUCAUUAUCAUAAUCAUAAAAAUAUUUGGCUUUAACUACCUACAUACGAUUUCGAAGGGCACGCAGGCAUAUUGUACAGUCAAGAAGUAAAGUAUUUAUUGGUUUUAAACGAGACACUACUGCGGUAAUUUCAUAGUUUAUUAUUCCCCAUUUCAUUCCAGAAUUUCAAGUUUUGUUUUCUUUUUAAUCAGUCGCAGUUUCCUGACAUUUGUUCGGUUUGGAUAAGUAGGUACAUAUAUACACGGACAGUUAAAUACACAGUCGUAAAGAAAAGCAGGUCAAUGCGACAGCAAUGACAUGAGAUCUAGCAGGUACCUUCUUGCUUAGCCAACAAUGCAAAGACGUGUGAUUUACUUAAAUCGAGUUUAUUUUUCCAAAACCUAUGAUCUAUUUAUUUAUAUCUAUAAUCCACUUCGAGAAACAUUUCGAUUAACUUCCGGCGGUGCGUAAGUUUGUGAACUGUUAAUUAAUUGGUCUUGUUUUAGCUUUAAGAAGCAGAAUAAGCCUGACUUAUUGUACCUCAGUAAUGAACUUACAGUAAACAUUUUUGUGCACCUGUAUUCCAUCUUUAUUUUUUUAAAUAUUAUUUUUUUAAGGGUUUAAUUUUUAUUAAGGGUUCUUAUAGAUUCCAUCCCAAGAGUUCUUAAGACUAAUGUAUUUAAAUUGGCUAUGGCUACCCGAAAACCAUUAAUUAAACUGUAGGCCCAUAUUUAAAGAUGUAAAAUUAAGCCAUAAACAAGUGACCGAGUGACCAUCCAUAGCAAUAUCAGGGUCAAAAUAUGACGUAAUUCGAAAUACAAUAUUAAUUGCACAUAAUGGCAGGUGGUCCGUUCACAUAACUUGCAACUUGGUCUAUGAUGAAGCAAUUAUUUUUUUGUCAAUUUACCUUGAAGCCUUCCGAGAUCUAUUGUUCACUGAGGCAUAAUAAUAUCUUUAACGAGAAUAGUAAUUACGAAAACGGAAUGUUUUUUUAUUUCGAUUUAUGUCAAUUACAUCAUUGUAGUGUUUAUUUUAAGUUUUGUGAGAUGAACGUACAAAUAUGAAAUAAGAUCAUGUAAUUGUUGUUUGAAAUGUAUUUAUGACUAUGUACUUAAUGAGAACUUAUUACUUUGUGGAGAUGUCUACAAAAUUUAAUGAAGACUAAGGAUCGAUUCAGUAAAGCAAGAAAAUAUAAAAAAAUUGCCUUUAUCCGUUUGGUCCGACUGAGCUGAUUGUUAACUUGACAUCUCCCAAAACAGUUAAGAUAGACUACCAGAUAAUGAUAUUUAUUUAUUUACCAAAUAUUAUGAUAAUUUAUGCAUGUGAGGUGUGUGAAUAUUUAAUAACAAUAAAUCGAUAUUUUUA